AUUACAUUUCAAAUAAAUUUUGUUAAGAUGAAGUUGGCUGUUUUUGGCGAUGUUAACACAUUCCAACAGUUUCUCCUGUUCAGCGUGAUGCCAACCGUUUUUAUUUAUCUGUGGACAUUGAUAACCGGCGACGUUAAGAACUUUGAAAACAGCAAGACAGCUUAUUCGGUGUACACGGCCAAGGAUCCAAUCAAUUGUUAUCAAAACUAUGUGGAACAAGAAAAGGAUUCAUAAAUGCCAAUUGCAAUUGCUAGAUAAGAAAUAUAUGAAAUGUAUUAAAUAAAAGCUGUAUUAUAAAUUACUA